UGGGCUUGCUCAUCCAGCCAUAGUCACAGCCACCAUGCCAGGGAGGACGUGGGAGCUGUGCCUGCUGCUUCUGCUGGGGCUGGGGCUGGGGUCCCAGGAAGCCCUACCCCCACCCUGUGAGAGCCGGAUUUACUGCCACGGGGAGCUCCUGCACCAAGUUCAGAUGGCCAAGCUCUACCAGGAUGACAAGCACUUUGUGGACAUGCCACUGUCCACAGCCCCAGACGAAGUCCUGCAGAGCUUCAGCGAGCUGUCCGAGGCCUACAACCACAGCAUCCCCACGCGGCAGCUGCAGGCGUUCGUUGCAGAACAUUUCCAGGACGUGGGGCAGGAGCUGCAGCCCUGGACCCCUGCGGACUGGAAAGACAGCCCCCAGUUCCUGCAGAAGAUCUCGGACGCCAAGCUGCGUGCCUGGGCAGGGCAGCUGCACCAGCUCUGGAAGAAGCUGGGGAAGAAGAUGAAGCCAGAGGUUCUCAGCCACCCUGAGCGGUUCUCACUGAUCUACUCGGACCACCCUUUCAUUGUGCCUGGCGGGCGCUUUCUCGAGUUCUACUACUGGGACUCCUACUGGGUGAUGGAAGGUCUGCUCCUCUCUGAGAUGGCCGAGACGGUGAAGGGUAUGCUGCAGAACUUCCUGGAUCUGGUGAAAACCUAUGGGCACGUCCCCAAUGGUGGGCGUGUGUACUACCUGCAGCGGAGCCAGCCCCCACUCCUGACUCUCAUGAUGGAUCGCUACCUGAGUCACACCAACGACAUCGCCUUCCUGCAGGAAAACAUUGAGACCCUAGCUUUGGAAUUGGACUUCUGGACCAAGAACAGGAGCGUCUCUGUGAGCUUGGGGGGGAAGAGCUACAUCCUGAAUCGCUAUUAUGUCCCUUAUGGGGGACCCAGGCCAGAGUCCUACAGCAAAGAUGCAGAGUUGGCAGACACCUUGCCAGAGGGUGACCGGGAGCCUCUGUGGGCCGAGCUCAAGGCGGGGGCCGAGUCUGGCUGGGACUUCUCUUCACGCUGGCUCAUCGGGGGCCCAAACCCCAACUUGCUCAGCAGCAUCCGAACGAGCAAACUGGUGCCUGUUGACCUGAAUGCCUUCCUGUGCCAAGCAGAGGAGCUGAUGAGCAACUUCUACGCCAGGCUGGGGAAUGACUCCCAGGCCAGGAAGUACAGAACUUUGCGGGCGCAGCGCUUGGACACCCUGAACGCCGUCCUGCGGGAUGAGGAGAGUGGUGCCUGGUUCGACUACGACCUUGAGACGGGGAAGAAGAACCGGGAGUUUUACCCAUCCAACCUCACUCCGCUCUGGGCCGGCUGCUUCUCUGACCCCAGCGUCGCAGACAAGGCCCUGAAAUACCUGGAGGACAGCCACAUCCUGACCUACCAGUAUGGGAUCCCGACCUCUCUCCAGAAGACAGGCCAGCAGUGGGACUUCCCCAACGCCUGGGCCCCCCUGCAGGACGUGGUCAUCAGAGGCCUGGCCAAGUCGCCUUCACCUCAGGCCCAGGAAGUGGCUUUCCAGCUGGCCCAGAAUUGGAUCCGAACCAACUUUGAUGUCUACUCCCAGAAGUCAGCCAUGUAUGAGAAGUAUGACAUCAGCAACGGUGGACAGCCCGGUGGUGGAGGGGAGUAUGAAGUUCAGGAGGGGUUUGGCUGGACCAAUGGAGUGGUCCUGAUGCUCCUGGACCGCUAUGGUGACCGGCUGACCUCGGGAGCCCAGCUGGCUUUCCUGGAGCCCCACUGCCUGGUGGCUGCCCUUCUGCUAAGCUUCCUGCUCAGCCUGCUGCCAUGGUGACAGCCCCACCACCCUGCCUGCCCUCCCCACACCUGGCCCCAGCUCCUGCCCCAUUAAACACCAGU